GCCGAAGAAAAAUCCAAGUGGAUUCGUGCUGUGGAGUUGGUCGAGUUGGUAUUGUGACUGUUGACUGACGAUUGCUGGCGGUAGUUCCGUGCCCAUGUGCUCUCGAUAAAUAAUGACGAAUGCGUACACCUUCGAUGGCCUGGUGGUGUUUGGACUUUUGGUGAUUUGCACCUGCGCUUAUAUGCGCAGAGUUCCCCGGCUGAAGCAGUGGUUUCUUUCGGAGAAGAAGGGAUUUUGGGGAGUAUUUUACAAAGCAUCAGUUAUAGGUACACGACUGCACUUCUUCGUCUCUGUGAGCUGUGUCCUGGCUGGCUGUUACCUGCUUUUCAUUAAGUGAUUGGGAAAGAAAGAACUGUUGAAGAUGCUUCUGUUUUGCCCGACCUGCUCCAACAUUCUCAUCGUAGAGGAAGGCCUCAGUUGC